AGCCACCGCCUCCUGCCGCUGGUAGGUGAAACCAAGUGUGAGGGGAACACAGCGAGGCGCGCGAGCAGGGUUCGCCCGCCCCACCGCAGGCACGCUCCCCGAGGCCCGCGGCCACCCCUCCUAUGGCGCCGCAAUAUGGCCCGGCCCCGGACGAGGGGGCGGGAACACGGACUUGAAGAGCCGGCCUUUGAGUUAAAGGCGGGAAAUGGCGGAUUCUUCGGGGCGCGGUGCUGGGAAGCCUUCCUCAGGGGGUCCCGGUACUCCUGGUGGCGCUAAGGUGAAAGGAAGAAGGACACAAGGUGGAAGAGUGGUGGAGUCCCGGUACUUGCAGUAUGAGAAGAAAACCACCAAAAAGGCAUCUGCAGCAGAUGUAUCGAAGACCAGUGGGAAGGCGCCUGAAAGUACCAGGAGAGUCCAGCUGCUCCAGAAGAGCAAAGGUUUCCAUCCCUCACCCGGAGACAGCAGUGGAGUCGGGAAAGGUGACCUGCAGUCCACGUUGCUGGAAGGGCAUGGCACUGCCCCGCCUGACCUGGACCUCUCGGCCAUCAACGACAAAAGCAUGGUUAGAAAGACUCCGCAGUUAGAAAAAACGAUGUCAAAGAAGAACGACUCGACGUCCUUUUCGGCUUCACAGAAGAGCCCAGACGCAUCUGAGGUGAUGGAAAUGAUGGAAUCCCAAACGUUGCUCCUGACUCUACUGGCCGUAAAGGUGAGCAGAGCCUCGUCCCCGCAUCUGCUGGGAGAACUUGGAAUCGGCAGUUUAGAAGAAAAUUUGAGAGCUGUGUACCUGCUGAGCGAACUCAAGGAAAUGGCCCAAAAGAAGGAUCUGGAGCUCCGAAGGAGCUUUGCCCAGGUGCUGGAACUCUCCGCCGAGGCCAGUAAAGAGGCAUCCUUGACCAACCAGGAGGCCUGGGAAGAGACCCAGGGCCUCAGGGCCUCCAGCCGGUGGUAUUUCAAUCGAGAAGACGCCUUCGGGGAGACCCUGGGGGACGUCAGGCCCCCCACUCUUGCUGGGUGCCAGUGAGCCACGCACCAUGUGACCCUGUGUGCAUGCCGUGUCCCCCGACUCAAGCGGGGACCUCUGCACAGCGUCGGGAAGAAAGCCCGUCCCCUUCCUCGGGCUCAGGGCACACGAGUGCUGUGACAGCACGUGCGCGAUGCUCUGGGAACUCAAGCACUUUAGACACUAACUCAGCAGUGUAGCUAUUUUCUAUGAGCGGAUUGCAUGAUAUUUAAAAAAUAAAACUUUCGCAGUCAA